GGAGGUUGCGCAGUGUUUCGAUCUGCCGUAGCGUUCUUCUUCAUCUUAACUUUGAAAACAACAAAGUUAUUAUAUACUCUCUACUUGUAAAUAAAUGUACGAGUUAGACGUUGUCAGUGAUGAUGUUAGCGUGUAUUUGAAUUCGAGUGACAUUAGUUUUAAAUAUAACAUUCCAAGUGUUACGUAAAUAAACUUAAUAACAAGUAGAAUUGAUAUUAAAUGUGGUAAUUAUUAUUGUUAGUUUAAAACAUUUAAUUUUCUGGUAAAGAAAAUAAUAUAAAUAUCAAAAAGGCAAUGACAUUUUUCAAAUAUAAAAAUUUAUUGUCAUUUGAAGAAAGUGGAAUAUUUUGACCAAGAGAACUUAGUAGUGACCUUUAAAUUCUGAAUGCUGUAUCAAUAAAAAGGGGUGGGAGAUAGGAAGAUACAGGAUAUUACAACAUUUUUAAGUUGAAUUAGAAUUGUUGGUUAUAGUAAAAUGUUGCGUGUUAGUGAUUUGUGUUAAGUGUCGUGUGUUUAAUUGGUGUCGUCAUUCAAUGCAGAACAGCUUCACAUUCACCGAAGGAAAACAGAUGAGCGCCCUCAGUUCGGCAGGCCGUCCUUGUUAAUGUAAUUCCGUGAGGAGCUGUUCCCUCCGCAAGACCAGCUGCAAAGUUGUGUUGAACUGUGGGGUGGGGCGGUUGCUGUGAACUGAACGGCCGUGUCAGUGGUGUGUCACUACGAUCUUCAGAUUGUUGGAGGUGGGGGCUAGUCGGAAGAGGGACGCCAUGCAUCUACCGCUGUACAGCCUUACCGUUAUCCUGGUCUUGUUCGUGUUAUGCUCUGAAAUCGCAGCCGAAGGGGCCAACUUCUCAGUCUUCCCUUACAUCCAAUACCUUACACAUCCUCCAGAGAUCAUCGUGCGACCUGUUGAUCAGCAAGUGAAGAAUGGAGGCAUUGCAGCGUUCUACUGUCAGGCGAGGGGAGAUCCUUCGCCCGUCCUUCAGUGGCGGAAGAAUGGGAAGAGAGUCUCUGGUACACAGUCUCGCUAUUUAGUUCAUGAAUACCCGAUGGGAGGCGCUCUACUUCGCAUAGAACCUGUGCGCGCGCAGCGUGAUGAGGCCCAAUACGAAUGCGUCGCAGAAAAUGGAGUGGGGGAUGCUGUCGCCGCUGAUGCCAUGCUGACAGUCUACGACACUGACAAACUACCUGCCGGGUUCCCGCAGAUCACGCAAGCACCGAGUACCAAGGUAGUAGAGAUCGGCCACAAUGCAGUUUUGCUCUGCUCCGCUGUGGGUACCCCUCCACCUCGCAUCUCAUGGGUUCGAGACAUGCUGCCAGUGGACCCCAGCAAAAAUUCACGAUACAGUAUACUAGACACAGGUACCGGCAUGCCAGGAGCCCUGCAGAUAUCGAGCAGUGAAGAAGAGGACCAAGGUAAAUACGAAUGCGUUGCUGAGAACGUUGUCGGAACAGAGUACUCACAAUCCACAAUGCUUUACGUCAAAGUGCGCCGUGUACCACCUCAGUUCUCCAUUCCCCCACCACCAGUCCAUGAAGUGAUGUUAGGUGCUGGCCUUAAUCUUACGUGUGUGGCCGUUGGUUCUCCAAUGCCAUAUGUGAAAUGGCGGAAGGGACUGGCUACAGAUAUUACACCAGAUGACAAGCUUCCAAUUGGUCGAAAUGUGCUAGAACUGACCAACAUCCAGGAGUCAGCCAACUACACCUGUGUAGCAGCUAGUGCCCUCGGAGUCAUCGAAUCUAUGACUCAGGUCAAAGUGCAAUCACUACCUGGCCCUCCAACGAAUGUGAGAGUGUCAGAGAUCACUGCAACAUCUGUUCGUCUAACCUGGUCAUAUACAGGGGCGGAGGAAUUGCAGUACUAUGUCAUACAGUACAAGCCAAAGUAUGCAAAUCAGGCAUAUAGUGAGAUAUCGGGAAUCAUCACCAUGUACUAUACAGUUCGUAACCUAAGUCCCUACACAGAGUACGAAUUAUUUGUCAUCGCUGUAAACAACAUUGGCAGAGGACCUCCCAGCACGCCUGCGAUAGUCACCACGGGUGAGACAGCUGACUCUUCUCUUGGAGGUGCAAAACCCGGCACAGCCCCCAGGAAUGUCCAGGUGCGGCCUCUCAGCUCUAGUACAAUGGUCAUUCAGUGGGAUGAACCAGAAACACCUAAUGGACAAGUUACGGGUUACAAAGUCUACUAUACUGUGAAUCCAACCCUGCAAAUGGCUUCCUGGGAGUCACAGAUGGUGGACAACAAUCAGCUGACAACCGUCAGUGAACUUAUACCUCAUACUAUAUAUACAGUCAGAGUUCAGGCCUUCACGAGUGUUGGACCAGGCCCUCUGUCUGCGCCUGUACUUGUAAAGACCCAGCAGGGAGUGCCAACACAACCAAGUAAUUUGCGAGCAAGUGAAGUGGGAGAGACAUCUGUCACACUUCAGUGGAGUCGGCCUGCUCAUGCAGGAGAGAACAUUGUUAGCUACGAACUCUACUGGAAUGACACAUAUGCCAAGGAAAAGCAUCACCGUCGUAUUUCAGUCGCAGAGAGUUACACACUGACAGGUCUAUACCCAAACACAUUAUAUUACGUGUGGCUGGCAGCGCGUUCGCAACGUGGGGAGGGAGCCACAACACCACCAAUACCUGUCCGAACCAAGCAGUACGUGCCCGGGGCACCCCCCCAGAACGUGACUGGGGAAGCAGUGGGUCCAACAUCGAUCCGUGUGUCAUGGGAUCCACCACCUGCAGAGCGCAGCAAUGGUCGCAUCGUGUACUACAAGCUGCAGGUCGUGGAGAAUGGGCGUUCGGACUCUGAGGCUGCUGUGAUCACCCUGAAUGCAACGUCAUUCGUGCUGGAUGAACUCAAGAGGUGGACAGAAUAUCGCAUCUGGGUGCUGGCAGGCACUAGCGUCGGUGAUGGGCCACCCAGUUUUCCCAUCACAGUGCGUACUCAUGAGGACGCCGGUCGCUCUACCGAUCGCACUACCAAACUCAUCCCAGGUGACCCCCAGGAUGUGCGAGCAACAUUCAUCAACUCAACUGCAAUCCGUGUUCAGUGGCGACCUCCUUUGGAAAAGGAUCGUAAUGGCAUCAUCCGUGGUUAUCACAUCCAUGUACAGGAAACAAAAGAGGAGGGACAAGGUCUUCUCAACGACCCAAUGAGGUUCGAUGUUCUUGACGGGAGUGCGCAGGAGCUCAAUGUAACUGGGUUGCAACCGGACACCAAGUAUUCAGUGCAGGUGGCAGCCCUCACCAGGAAGGGUGACGGUGACCGCAGUCCACCAGUCACUGUCAAAACACCAGGCGGUGUACCAAACAGACCAACCGUAAACCUGAAAGUGCUGGAACGUGAACCAACAGUUAGUAUAGAGCUGGAAUGGGGACGACCGACCCAGACGUAUGGAGAGCUUCUAGGGUACAGGCUUCGCUAUGGUGUUAAGGAUCAAGUGUUAAUAGAACAGAUGUUCAAAGGAACCAUGGUCCAUUCCCAUAAGAUCAAUGAUCUUGAGCGAGGGGUUGAGUAUGAAUUUCGAGUGGCAGGUCAGAAUCACAUUGGAUUUGGCCAGGAAACCAUCAAGUACCUGCUGACACCUGAAGGACCUCCAAGUGGGCCUCCUACUAACAUCACACAUCACUUCCAGACACCUGAUGUUGUGUCUGUCACGUGGGACGUUCCUCUCGUGGAGCAUCGAAAUGGUCAGAUUACACACUACGACAUUGAAUUCCACAAGAAGGUGGACCACACAACUGUCACAGACCGAAAUACCACCCAAAUGAAGGCUGUGUUCACAAAUCUGGAAGAAAACACAGACUAUGUGUUUCGUGUAAGAGCGCACACAAGUCAAGGUGCAGGCCCCUACAGUGAGAAGAUCACAGUGCACACAGAGAGGGACAUUGUGCGCGCACCUAUGAGCGUCCAGGCUGUUGCAACAUCUGAUCAGAGUGUUGAGGUGUGGUGGGAACCAGUACCCAGCAGAAGCAAAGUUGUUGGUUACAAGAUUUUCUACACUAUGACUGCAGUGGAAGAUCUUGAUGAAUGGCAGCAGAAGAUUGUGAGUGUUACUGAAUCAGCCGAUCUGGUCAACCUGGAGAAAUAUGCUCAAUAUGCUAUUGCAGUUGCUGCACGGACAAAAACAGGCCUUGGGCGUCUCUCUGAGAAAGUCACUGUUAAAGUGAAACCUGAGGAUGUGCCCCUGAAUCUUCGAGCCCAUGACGUAAACACUCACAGUAUGACUCUCUCAUGGUCCCCACCAAUUAGAUUGAAUCCCAUCAACUAUAAGAUUUCAUUUGAUGCACUGAAGGAAUUUGUGGACUCACAAGGCAUCACACAGAAGCAAAAUAUUCUCCGUCGCAUAAUAAUGCUGGAACCAACUGUUCUCAGCCACACGAUCAAUGAACUAUCCCCGUUCACAACGUAUAAUGUGAAUGUCAGCGCCAUCCCAUCAGACCACCAAUAUCGCCCCCCCACUAAGAUAACAGUAACUACACAGAUGGCAGCUCCUCAGCCUAUGGUAAAACCGGACUUUUAUGGAGUUGUAAAAAGUGCAGAAAUUCAAGUGAUAUUGCCCCAGGCAUCAGAGGAAUAUGGCCCCAUCAGUCACUAUUACCUUAUUGUGGUUCCAGAAGAUAAGCUGAAUGACCAGAAAAAUCCAGAUCAGUUUCUUACUGAAGAGCUGAUCGCAAACAAAGGGAACAAGCAAGAGAGAGAGAAUGCACCAUACAUUGCUGCCAAGUUUCCACAACGUAACAUCCCCUACACCUUCCAUAUUGGAAGUGGCGAAGUAAUUGAGGGUUUUACAAAUCGCAAACUGGAACGUGGCAAAAAGUAUCGUAUCUUUGUUCGGGCCGUCGUAGACACCCCACAGAAGCACCUGUACACAUCAAGUCCGUUCUCAGAACACCUGUCUCUGGACAUGCGUGAAGUUCCCCCAGGUGAUCCCCCAAAACGACCGAACCCUGAUGUACCUGUAGACCCAGAAGUCUCAGUAGACAAAAACAAAGAAGAGGCUACUAUGAUGUGGGUUAUUGGACCAAUCAUCGCUGCUCUCUUAGUAUCCAUGUGUUUGAUUAUACUCUUCAUUAUAAAGAAACGCAGACAGCCAUGCAAGGCACCUGAUCAGGCUGCCGUAACUCGCCCGCUAAUGGCUGCUGACAUUGGGACUAGCCAUGCACCAACCGAUCCAGUCGAGAUGCGGCGUCUCAACUUCCAAACUCCUGGCAUGAUCUCACAUCCGCCCAUCCCUAUUUCUGAAUUAUCCAAUCAUAUCGAGCGACUCAAGGCCAGCGAUAACCUCAAGUUCUCGCAGGAAUACGAGUCUAUUGAACCUGGCCAACAGUUUACAUGGGACCACUCCAACAUGGAGGUUAAUAAGCCGAAGAACCGUUAUGCCAAUGUUAUUGCUUAUGAUCAUUCAAGGGUUAUUCUACAGCCUGUGGAUGGUAUCCUUGGUUCAGACUACAUUAAUGCCAACUACUGCGAUGGUUACCGGAAACACAAUGCAUAUGUUGCUACCCAGGGUCCUCUUCAAGAUACAUUUGCUGACUUCUGGCGGAUGUGUUGGGAGCUGCGAUCGGCCACUAUAGUGAUGAUGACAAAACUUGAGGAAAGAACACGCAUAAAAUGUGACCAGUAUUGGCCCACAAGAGGAACUGACACUUAUGGAGCGAUGACUGUCACUAUUACUGAUGUCCAGGAGCUAGCAACGUACUGCAUACGAACCUUUCAGAUUCACAAGUUUGGCUAUUCAGAACGACGGGAGGUAAAACAGUUCCAGUUCACAGCUUGGCCUGACCAUGGUGUGCCCGAUCACCCUGCUCCGUUCCUGCAGUUCCUACGUCGUGUUCGCAACAUGAACCCCCCUGAUGCAGGCCCAAUGGUCGUUCAUUGCAGCGCUGGUGUUGGGCGGACAGGUUGUUUUAUUGUUAUUGACUCAAUGCUGGAGAGGAUGCGUCAUGAGAAGAUGAUUGACAUCUAUGGUCAUGUAACUUGCCUCAGAGCGCAACGUAACUACAUGGUUCAGACGGAGGACCAGUACAUAUUCAUCCAUGAUGCAUUGCUUGAAGCUGUGAUCUGUGGCAACACUGAGGUCGCUGCCCGCAAUUUGCACACCCACAUCCAAAAACUGAUGCACCCUGAGGUUGGAGAGAACAUCACUGGGAUGGAACUUGAGUUCAAGAAACUGUCUAACAUCAAAGCAGACUCCACCCGGUUCAUCAGCGCAAACUUGCCGUGCAACAAGCAUAAGAACAGACUGGUACACAUCUUGCCAUUUGAGUCAACACGGGUGUGUCUGACACCUGUACGUGCCAUUGAGGGCUCAGAUUACAUAAAUGCCAGUUUUAUAGACGGUUACCGGUACCGAGCCGCCUACAUCGCAACACAGGGCCCUCUGCUUGAUACCACCGAGGACUUCUGGCGGAUGCUAUGGGAACACAAUUCAACUAUUGUUGUUAUGCUUACGAAACUGAAGGAAAUGGGAAGGGAGAAGUGCCACCAGUACUGGCCCAGCGACCGCUCAGUGAGGUACCAGUGCUUCGUAGUGGAUCCGAUUGCUGAGUACAACAUGCCACAGUACAUCCUGCGCGAAUUCAAAGUGACAGAUGCACGAGAUGGCAGCUCACGCACCGUUCGUCAGUUCCAGUUUAUUGACUGGCCAGAACAGGGAGUGCCCAAAUCUGGUGAUGGAUUUAUAGACUUCAUCGGACAGGUUCACAAGACAAAGGAGCAGUUUGGUCAAGAUGGCCCUAUUACUGUCCAUUGCAGUGCUGGUGUGGGCCGCACAGGCGUGUUUAUCACGUUAAGCAUAGUAUUGGAGCGCAUGCAAUAUGAAGGAGUUGUGGAUGUGUUCCAGACUGUACGCAUCCUGCGCACACAGCGCCCAGCUAUGGUCCAGACAGAGGAUCAAUAUCAGUUUUGUUACCGAGCCGCCCUCGAGUACCUGGGCUCCUUCGAUCACUAUGCGAACUGACGCUAGUGCCCGUCCGGCCCCAGCCCACUGCCCGCCCACUGCCUGGAGGAGCGUUAUUGACUCGCGAGUGUGCAUGAGAGUGUGUUGUAGAGAAGUGGUUGUUUGUGUAAUUGUGUCGUACCAGAAAAUGUAGGCAACUCGAGAGUACAUUAGAAAAGGAACAAAAAAGAGGACAGUAUUUUAAAUGACAGUGAUGUGAACACA